GUAUCUCAGUUGUACACCUCCUCACCUCUAUUAAAAGAAGAUUAAAAGCGUUUAAUGAAGAUUUGUAAUAUUUCUAUUAUUUUGUAUCAUGGCUGAAAGAAAAAUCCCAAUAAAAAUACAAAGAGAUACUGAUGAGAAGGAAAGUAUUAGCGAUGAAAGUGAUGAAAAUGAUCAAAGUAAUAAAAUGUCACAAACAAUGGAACAAUUAGCAAUCAAACCUGGCACCAAACAAAAAAAAUUAUCCAUUCAAAUUAAAAGUUCACAGGAAAACAUGGUCAAUCAAAAGUAUUUAAGAGAGUAUGAUGUCUUUGAAGACCGCAGCAAGGGUACAUUAUUUAAUGGAAAUGUGCGGGAAAAAAUUAUUCUUGCAAUUGAUAGAGCCCAAGAUGAGAACUGUACCCCAUUCAUGACAGAGAAAUCUAAAUUUACACCAUUGAGCAUGUUUCGCAGAAGUUUACAUCUGUUUUUGAAGCUCAAACAUUUGAUUAAUAAAGAUAAUGAAUUUGCUCUGGUGGUUCUCAACGAAAAUUCUGCUAAGUGGCAUUUGAAUUUUACAAAUGAUUUGAGGAAAUUGAAUCAAGAAAUUGAAAGAAUCACUCAAUGUGACGUAGAAGAUACUUUUAAUAUGAAUAAUUUACUUCAAGAAAUUUCACACCAUGUGCAAGUACCAGAAACUGAUAGUGAUGAAAUUGCUCCUACUUUUGUUAUUAGAACAAUACUCCUUUAUGGACGUUCAUAUACUAUUCCAGUAUACAAACCAGAUAUCAAUAUUGAAACCAUCUUGAAGAAACCCUAUUUUUAUUUUGAUGUAUUAUUCACACAUGAACCUGUUGAUCGCAGCAAUAACUGUAAUAACAUAUUUGAAGCUUUACAAAGCCUGGAUAAAAAAGGACUAUCAUAUUUCUUUCCUGUGUGUAGGGACACAAGAAGACUGCAUAACUCCAUGGCAAAGCUACUAGCUCAUCCUUUGCAGAGACCAAUACAAAAAUUGCAUAAAUUCUGAUUAUGUUCAUUGAUCUUUACAAAAAAAUCAACUUAAAUGUAUAGGUUUGUGAUUUUUCACUAAAAUGUACUUUCCUGAAUUUAAUUCUUGAUGAUAUGUUGUAAUACCCUGUAUAGUCAAAUAAGUAACCCACCUAAUCAAUAGGUACAUCCAAGAAUAAAUAUUAAAUAUUGAUGAAUCAACA